AUGCGCCCAUUCUUUCUCCUCGGCCGACUCACAGGCCGACGGGGGACUGCCUUUUCUCGUUUGACCUCUUCCUCUCACGUCCCCCGCCACCAACAAUGCUUUUCCCGAUGGUCGCAUAAAUACAGCCUCAAAGAUGCCCGCCAGCGGCCGCACCGCCAUGUCCUGCUUGCAGCUGCUGCCUUAACUCCAGUUGCCUUCGUUCAGCUUUCCGAGGAAGAGACUCAAGAUGGCAAAACAGGUGAAAUGCAAAUGCUCGAGGCUUCUCGUCAAGAGCUCAGUAAAAAGGUCCCAGAGAAUGUCCGUGGUCUCCGCCGCAUAUACAAGUCAGUCGUGUACUUCCUAGAGCAAUACAUCUUAGAGCCCCUGGCUACCGGAUUCCGCUUCCUCCAUCUCGCUCUCAUCUUCGUUCCUGUCAUCCUCACUGCUCCUGUGGCCUUGAUUGGGCCUCGCGACAAAGCCCGCGACAAUGAGCGGGUCACCACCAUCUGGUGGUAUGGUUUCCUCGUCAAGUCCAUGGAAAGAGCUGGCCCUGCCUUUAUCAAACUCGGCCAAUGGGCUGCCUCAAGGUCCGACAUCUUCCCCGCGGAAAUGUGUCGAGUCAUGUCUGAGCUACACUCCAAUGCUCCCGCCCAUUCGCUUCGCCACACCAAAAGGGUCAUUACUGAAGCAUUUGGCGGCCGGUCUUUUGACCAAAUCUUCAUCGAGUUCGACGAAAAGCCACUUGGCGUGGGUGCCAUUGCACAAGUCUACAAGGCGAGGCUCAAGCCCGACCUCGCCAAAUCCGAAGACAGCGAUCUAGACACUACAGACAAGAACCGCCUAGGUAACAAGAUUAGACGAAACGUCGAUGCGUUGGUCAAAUCUAGUCCUCAGAGAGUUCCGUCAGCCUACGUUGCCGUCAAAGUCCUCCAUCCCAAAGUGGAGAGGAUCGUUCGGCGUGAUCUCAAGAUCAUGGGUGUUUUUGCUUCCAUCAUUAAUGCAAUCCCCACUCUCGAAUGGUUGGACCUACCUAACGAGGUGGCCAACUUUGGCGAAAUGAUGCGAUUGCAGCUCGAUCUGAGAAUCGAGGCUGCAAAUCUCUCCAUUCUGCGCAAGCACUUUCAGAAACGCACUACCGCAUGGUUCCCUUUUCCAUAUACCGACUUCACCACUCGCACUCUUCUCGUCGAGGAGUUUGCUCAGGGAAUUCCCCUUGCCGCCUUCCUCAAGUCUGGUGGAGGUGUCUUCCAAAAUGAAAUUGCAGACGAGGGCUUGGACGCCUUUUUGCACAUGCUCUUGAUUGACAAUUUUGUUCAUGCUGAUCUCCACCCCGGCAAUAUCAUGGUCAAUUUUUAUCGGCCAUCAAAGCCCGACGUCCAACUGCCUUAUGUAUCUCGACAGGACCCCACCCAGCCCUGGUCAGCUUCAGACAUUGAUGCAUCCGAAGCAGUCUUGUCACGACUGCGGCCUCAUACUGGUGACAAAGACGCAUGGCUUCAAGCUCUGAGCGACAUUGACAGGGAUGGCUACCGGCCACAGUUGAUUUUCAUCGACACUGGACUCGUAACCGAACUCAAUGCCAAAAACCGCACCAAUUUCCUGGACCUGUUCAGAGCAAUUGCCGAGUUUGAUGGCUACAAGGCUGGUCAUUUGAUGAUUGAGCGUUGCCGACAGCCCGAUGCUGUCAUUGAUAGCGAGGUCUUUGCGCUCAAGAUGCAGCAUCUGGUCCUGUCCGUCAAGGGCCAGACUUUUGCCCUCGGCAACAUCAAGAUCGGAGACGUCCUUUCAGACGUCCUUGGCAUGGUGCGGACGCAUCAUGUGCGUAUGGAAGGAGACUUUGUCAAUGUUGUCCUUUCCAUCCUCCUGCUCGAAGGCAUCGGCAGGACUCUCAACCCAGAUCUUGAUCUCUUCAAGAGUUCGUUACCCAUCCUACGACAGCUAGGAUCCUCAGACCCUAGCGCCGUGCUGAAAAGCUUCAAAGAAGGCGACUUCUCCUUACUCAAGAUCUGGGUGGGCCUCGAGGCCAGAAGAUUUUUCCAGGCCAGCGCCGAAAGUGUUGAAAUGUGUGUCAAGUAUGAUCUCCUGAGUCCCAAUGUUUAG